AUGUGGCAGCAUCAACUUCCUCGUCCCAUCGGGCCCAGCUGUGGCAUCUACUGUAACGACAAUGGCAUCAAAUUCCUCCCCAUCGUCUCUCUUGACGUACACACCUCUAUCGUUGCGUCAAGCUCACGCACUGUCUUGAAACAAACCUUUGCGACCACCGGCCGCUCCCUGAAGAAUGUGCGGUAUGCCUUUCCUCUCUAUGAUGGCUCAUCAGUCGUCGGAUUUCAAUGCACCAUUGGGUCACGCAUCAUCAAGGGUGUCGUGAAAGAGCGCCACGAGGCCAAGCAGGCGUACGACACUGCAGUUGCACAGGGGAAGACGGCAGGCCUGCUCGAGCAGUCGCUGGAGGCCUCCGAUGUCUUCAUCACCUCUCUUGGCAACGUCCCUCGCCGCUGCCAGAGUAUCGAGGUCGAGAUCACGUAUCUCGGAGAGCUAAAGCAUGAUGCUCAGGUGGAUGGACUACGCUUCACCAUACCCACCAGCUUAGCCCAGCGAUAUGGACAGCAUUCCAUCACCGGAAGCGACGCCGUUACCUUCCAGGGCGGAAAGCACAUCAAGAUCACGGUUGACGCCGAUGUCUCUAGCGGUUCAGUCAUCAAGAGCAUUCAGUCGCCGUCGCAUCCAAUCUCUGUCAACAUCGGCACUCUUUCCAAGGCCAGAUCCGAUCCGCCGUCCCUACAAAGAGCCCAUGCCACUCUUGCCCAAGAUACGGUCGUGCUGGGAAGUGACUUUGUCCUCCAGAUUGUCGCCACCGGUCUCGGUGAUCCCAUCGCUGUCCUUGAAAAUCACCCGACGAUCCCGAACCAGAGGGCAUUGAUGACGACGCUCGUUCCUCGAUUUAACCAGCCCAUGGAGAUGACCGAGAUUGUCUUUAUGUGUGACAGAAGCGGUAGCAUGGCAUACGGAAACAAGAUGAGCAACGUCAUUAAUGCCCUGAACAUCCUUCUUAAAUCCUUACCCGUUGGCGUCAAGUUCAACAUUUGCAGCUUUGGGUCGUACUAUUCCUUCCUGUGGGAGCGGUCGAUGACUUAUGACCAGGAGACGUUGGACGCUGCCAUGCAACACGUCGGCGGCUUCGGGGCUGAUCUUGGUGGUACGCAAAUGUACGACCCCUUCCAUGAGAUAUUCCAGCGACGCUACAAUGACCUGAACCUCGAGGUGUUUUUGCUCACCGACGGAGAAAUCUGGGACCAGGAGAGGCUAUUCAAACUCAUCAAUGCCCAUGUUUCCGAAAGCAAAGGGGCUAUACGAGUCUUCACAUUGGGCGUGGGAAAAGACGCCAGCCAUGCCUUGAUUGAAGGCGUCGCACGAGCGGGCAACGGCUUUGCCCAGGCAGUAGCAGAAAAUGAAAAGAUGGACAAGAUGUUGGUUCGGAUGCUCAAGGGGGCGCUUACUCCCCAUAUCACGGAUUAUUCUCUCGAAGUCAAAUAUGGGGCCAGUGAGACCGGCCCAGACGAAGAGACCGACGACGACUUUGUCGUCAUCGAAAGGGUCAUGGAUGCAAUGACGUUGGACAACAUCUCUUCCUCAUCGGACUCAAUAGCAGAGCCACCGCGGCCCAUCUCGCUAUUCGACCAGAGCGUCCAGGACACGGACAUGGCAGUACCCACAGCUUCCAACUCUGUGAGCGUGAAGCUGCCCCCUGUGACUGUUCCAAGAUAUCUCCAAGCUCCAUUCCAGAUACCGCCCCUUUUCCCAUUCAACCGCACGACUGUCUACGUCUUGCUUUCCGAUGCAACGCCAGACCGCCAGCCGAGGAGCGUCAUACUUAGGGGUUCCUCCAUCCAUGGUCCAGUAGAGCUUGAGAUUCCCGUCAGGACUCUUACCGAGAAAGGCACUACCAUUCACCAGCUGGCGGCACGAAAGGCUGUCCGCGAGCUCGAGGACGACCGUGGAUGGAUCUUCCAUGUCAAGAGCCGAGAUGGCAAGCUCCUGCAAGAGCAGUUUGAGGGCCGCUUUAGUGACAUGGUGAAGCGGGAAGCAGUUCGCCUGGGGACUCAGUACCAAGUCAGCGGCAAGUGGUGCUCGUUUGUUGCCAUCCAAGAUGCUGGCAGAAACGACGCCGCCAGCACGAGCCAAGAGAAUGCUGAUGCAGAGGAAAGCGUGAAUGACGAUGCUGGCAGCAACGAGGACACGCCCAUUUCGCAAGGUGGUGCGCAUAUGAGGAUGCAAUUUGCAGCUCUUCCAGCUGGUAGCAUGCACCAAGCUCGAGGUAUCCCAUCAAAUGUUCCAUGUGGUCAGCCACAGAUGAGUCGUGCUAUGGGGGGAAUGCGGCAGCAACAGGCAGGAGCCCUCGCUUCAGUGCCUGAGAUGAACAGGGAUAAUGACGCCCAGACGGCCCACCUUCGAGCAGCACUGGCUGCCCAGAGGGCUGCCGUGGCCCAACGAGUCGCGAGUGAGCAACUGCAUCAGCAGCAUCAGCAGCAGCAGGCAUCAGCUUCGCUUCUCACGAACCGUCCCGUGGGCAUGCAACAAGAUUAUCAAAUGGUCUUAAUGCUAAUGAAUCGGCAGCAGCAGCAGCAACAACAGCAUCAGCAACAGCAGCAGGCAUUUGCUUCGCUCCACCCGAUGGGCAUGGCUCCUAAUCCUAGAUCCGCCUUAUACUUGAAUCCCUGCGCCUCCCCCUUGCUGGUCCUGGCUACACUGCAGACCUUUGUUGGCAGCUGGCACUGGGACUCGAGGCUGGAAGCUGUUUUGGGAAUCACGGCACAGCUUGCCGCAGAUAGGGUUCAGCUUCCUGGUGAUCAGAGUGCCCAGCAGACGGAUGUGCUGGCAACGCUCUGUGCUGUGGUGUUUUUGAAGAAGAAGCUGGCAUCCGAAAAGGACUCGUGGGAACUCCUCGUGCAAAAGGCAGAAGACUGGCUGCGGAAUCAAACGGGGACGGAUGUUGUCGAGUGGGAGAAGACCGUGAAUGAUAAGUUGUUUACGGAAUAA